GGUCUGGACUGGAGGCUGCGGGGAGCCAGGGCCGGAGGAGACAGCUGAUGUUUACUUCGUGUCUUGCUGAGAAACAGAGGAGAAAGCUCUCUUCUUCGCUACUGGAAAAAAAUGGUUUAUCUGAUUGGAAAAUGAAGAUGCUCUGAUUUUUUUUGGGUGAAGAUACUUCAAGCAACUUUUCAUAUCCAGAAACAAAUCUGCUUGGGUGUUGUUAAUCAUGGGGAGCUUUAAGGGCCACGCACUCCCUGGAAGCUUCUUCUUGAUAGCGGGGCUCUGGUGGACCGGAAAGUACUCGCUCUGGUACGCCACCCGCAGGAACAAGAAUAUAGGUUCAACUCGGCUGUCCAGCAGAGCCUCCCAGCGCCGUCUGGAGAUCAUUGAAGGCUCUGUCAUACUCUUCUUCUCCUUUGUCGGGAUGCUGUUGGAACAGUUUGUAGCGAAUGGACCGAGGUUCCAGCUGUAUGACUUUGCAGAGAAACACUGGGAAGAUCUGAUGAACUGGCAGCAUGCCACCAUGUACCUGUUCUUUGGCCUGACUGGGGCUGUGUCUCUGAUCAUCCACACCACAGAGGCUGCUCCAAUAGCACUGGAUAGGCUAAUGUUGGCUAUUUCUUUCUUUAAUGAAGGAUUUCUUUUCAUGUACCACCUCCAUGGCAGGACUAUGCUGGACGUCCACGUGCACCAGCUCCUGGUCUAUGCCAUCUUCGGCCAGGCUCUCGUUGCCUUCAUGGAGGUCUUCCACCGAGGCAACAUCAUUCUGGAGCUGCUGCGCUGCACCCUCACCAUCCUGCAGGGAAGCUGGUUCUGGCAGAUUGGUUAUGUGCUGUACCCUCCACACGGCCCUGAGUGGGACCUGAAGGAUCCCAGCAACAUGAUGUUCAUCACCAUGUGUUACUCCUGGCACCUCGCCUUCGCCAUGCUCGUCGUGAGCGUGCUCUACUGCACUGUCAACUACGUGGUUCGCUCCAGAUUGAAGAGGACUCCCCCGAUGGAAAUGGGGCUACUGAAACCCAGAGACAGGGAUCCAGACUCAGAGGAUGACAUUUUAUGAGGACGACUGUUGUUUGCUUACAAUCAAAUCAGGGAUACGAUGUGUUCAGUUUCAGCAGCAGUACAAGCAAGCCACACAGACAGACGGAGGAUAAGGACAGAGUUUCUGGACGCUUUAUCUUUGAAAUAUAUCUCUACCUCUGCCUUAUUUAAUCAGCUGUAAACUCCCUUUAGCCCUACACUCAUUGUUUACCGCUAUUUAUUUCACUGUGGCCUUACACUUUGCAUAUAUUCUGCCAUAUCAUUUGUUUUACUAUAAAUUUGCACAAACAGUGUUAGUGAACAUGAAGUGAUAAGGGUAAGCUUUUUAUGGAUUGCAUGCUUGUCAUUUGCCAUAUGGAACUUUUCUUGUCAGACAUUUUGGGGUUAGGUAGUGCCACCUUGUGGUAAAAACAUCAUCAUCAUCAACUCAAGCACAUCUGGACAUGUGAAAACAUGUCAUCCUGUAUUUUACUUGGCUUUUUUGUGACAUAAUGUCAAGAAGUUGAGUCACAUAUGUGUUUAAAUGUUUCUAUUUUGCCAUUUGACCUUAUUACAGAUUGCUAAUCAACCAAACAGCACCAAGAGUAUUUUUGUUGUAUAUGCAUGACUGUGUCUAUGACUAUCUGAAGGAACUUAGUGGCUGUCCAAGAGUCAGCUAUCAUACUUUUUCCUGUCUGUUUGAAAGGUUGCAUUGAGACUAUCUACAGAAUUGAUGCUUUAAUGAGACACUAUGAAAUACAUAUGGACAUUUUUUGUAUAUUUGUUAUAUUAAUUACUCACUAUAUUGCAGUAUAUAACAUUAAUAGUAACUGAUCACUUAUGUGUCGCAAAGUUAUCCCAGCAGGAGGCAGAAAUAGUAUCAUAAGGCUCAGAAAUUGCCUACUUUUG